UGGCUCUGCUCUUCUGUAAAAAUUAGAAUUUUUGUUUUCUUUGGCAGUUUUAACCCAUAAGAUUUACAUGUAUUUAUUGACCUUUUAUUUUUUUUAUUUUCAUUUUGGUUUCUGUCUCAGAUGUUUCCGCAGAGGAUCUAGGAUUGAGGAAUUUUCUCAUCAUCAUCUGUGAAAAGUGGAGAGAGAGAUAUUUAUUCAUUCUCUCUCUAUCUAGUUUUAUCCGGUUACUUCGAAGAGAGAGAGAGACUUGUUGUUUUGUGUUUGCGUGUGUUUUGUCACGGUCAUUGUUUGCACGUGGAAGCCCACAAGUAUGAUAUAAUUCCUUAUUCAUACCAAUCUUCCACCUUCGCCAGUUUCUUACUUCUCUUUGCCACUCCUCUUCUCCUCCACCGUUAUAGAGCUGUUAAACUUAUUGAAAGAAUGGCUCUCUCUGGGGCUUGUAAAAAUCGAGGGGAGGUGAGGAUCCAUGAAAGUUUGGAUGAGCUUAGCACUGAUUUGGCAGACUAUAUUGCUGAAUUAUCAGAGGCAUCUGUGAAAGAGCGGGGUGUCUUUGCCAUUGCAUUGUCUGGUGGUUCUCUUGUUGGCUUAAUGAGGAAACUCUGUGAUGCUCCUUACAACAAGACUCUAGACUGGGCCAAAUGGUAUAUAUUUUGGGCUGACGAGCGUGUUGUGGCAAAAACUCAUGCUGACAGCAAUUAUAAGCUAGCAAAGGAUGGCCUAUUGUCCAAGGUGCCUAUAAUUCCCAGUCACGUGCAUUCUAUCAAUGAUUCAAUGACAGCAGAGGAGGCUGCCGAUGACUACGAGUUUGUCAUCCGACAAUUAGUGAAAACUCGUGUGGUCGGUGUGUCUGAGAUUAGUGAUUGCCCGAAGUUUGACCUUAUACUCCUUGGAAUGGGCCCUGAUGGCCAUGUUGCCUCACUAUUCCCUAACCACUCGGUGCUCAAUGAGAGAGAUGAGUGGGUAACUUUUAUUACUGAUUCCUCCAAACCCCCACCAGAGAGGAUCACAUUCACUUUGCCUGUCAUCAACUCAGCUUCCAACGUCGCUGUGGUCGUGACAGGUGACAGCAAAGCAGAGGCUGUACACUUGGCAAUCGACGAUGUGGGACCUGACUCCCUGUCACCGCCAGCAAGGAUGGUGCAGCCAAUGAAAGGGAAGUUGGUGUGGUUUUUGGACAAGCCAGCUGCCUCAAAACUUGACCGUUCUCAAAUUUCUGAGUAGGUUGGGAUGUGUAUUGCUUGUAUGUUGUAGUGAUGGUAUUUUACCCCAGUGGAUUAUGUUCUUUCCCAUUAGUUUUUUCUGCUUUUCGCAUUUGGCCUUUCUUGCUCUCUUCCUUAACAAGGGUUGGACAAUUUUGAUUAUCCUUUGUUGUGAGAUGAGGUUAAUAAGGUAGGGGCCGUGAUGCAAAAGCUGUUUUGUUCAGGUUCCUUUUUGGAACUUGAAUACUAAGUUCAUGAAAUUCAACAGGAUCUUUGUCUC